AUGGACCAAUCAUGCCCCACUAAAGGGCUUGGGAGUCACCCAACGGGGGUCUCACACAAUGUGUCUAUUUGUGCAUUGGAGUACAUAUUGGCAGAGAGUAAGAGAGCAAAUUCAGUUGGAAUUAAUGUUGCAACACGUGGGUGUGUUCUUAGGCGCACACAUGAUUUACCUUGUACUCACAAGAUUGCAGAUUAUAUGAGACAAGGCCGUCCUAUUCCAUUCAGUAGCAUACAUGUACAUUGGACGCCACUUACUAUAUGUGUGCAUAAUCUGAAGGUUGAGAAGUUGGAAUUGACUUGUAUCCCAAAACUUGAAUUGAUUUUGAAGCGGUUCAAAGAGUCUGAUAUUGCCACGCAAUUGAAUAUAUUGAAAGAGUUGAGGGAAAUUGCAAAUCCAACUAGCACUUUUCUUAUUGAGCCUAAUGUGAAACCUAAUCCACGUCGAGGACAUAAGAAAAUUGAUAUAUCUUGUCGUCGUGACCCGUGUGCAUUUAAGUUGGUUGACGAUGUACAUGAUAGCCAGAGCACAUUAGCUUCUAGUCAGUCAAAGAAAAAGAAAGCUUCAAAAGUGCAUGAGAAGAAGCGGGAUGUAAAGACAAAGACAUAUCGUACAAGAACAAGUUUACCGAGUGCAUAUGCCGGUGACUUCCCGCCUAUGUUAAUACCAUUCAUAAAAUUGAUGAAGGAUGUAGAUGGUGAUGGGAGUUGUGGAUUUAGAGCUAUUGCAAGUUUACUUGGUCUUGGAGAGAAUGACUGGGUGCAAGUUAGGCGUGAUUUGCUACUUGAAUUGAAUAAUCACAGAGAUAAAUACAUCAUACUAUAUGGGUCGCAUGAGAGGGUUGAGGAGUUGACACAUAUUCUUUUAUAUUUUGAAGAUAGCCCAGGCUUUGAUCGUUGGAUGACUAUGCUUGACAUGAGACAUCUUAUUGCAUCAUUUUAUAAUGUAGUCUUGUACCACUUGUCAUUGCAACAAUAUCUCACUUUCUUAUCUUUGAGAUCACCGCCAAUAACCCUAGUUGAUCGUCACGAGAUUGCCAUUGGAUUUGUCAAUGGAAAUCAUUUUGUGCAGGUAUUUUUGGAAGCCGGUCAUCCAAUUCCUCCCAUUGCCGUGCUUUGGCAAGUUCACCAUCACCCUCGUGCAUCAGAAUGGGAGAAUGCAUAUGUUAGUCGCAUUCAAAAAUUCAAAGACAACAUAGGACCUAAUGUAGUUACUUGA